GUUAGCUGCCAUAGGGAGAGGUAGGUUUUGGUUUUAUUUGGAAAUUGGGGGAAGCAAUUGGGAAGUCACGGGACUUGGUUUUAUUUGGAAGUGGGGAGCAAAGACGUCCGUGAUUCCCCUCUCAGGUUGGCACAUUCAACAAGCUGCAACGUGGAAGAUAUAAGGGGGUGCUGGGUUCUGAAAUGGGAAGGAAACCCUUGCUGCAAAAUUGGUGAAGGAGGUGAAGUUCAGAGUUGCUGGAGUUGCUUGGUGCUGCAAGCUUUGAGGGGGAUAGAUUUAAAGAUUUUGCAAAGGAAGUCUUCAAGAGAGAACCAAUGGCACCUAGACUUCCUCCUCCUUCACCACAGAUCAAUGAACAUGAUGUGCCGAAUAACACGAGGCUGUUGGAAUCUGUGAUUGAGAAGCUACAAGAGCAGAAUGUUGUUCUGAUGCAGCAGAACGCGAUUAAUUCACAAAAUCUGGAAGCUGCUCGCGCCAAUUCUGAAAUUACUCAGAGGCAGCUAAUGGAGAUUCUUGCAGCUACUAGGGGUACGCCGGGAGCAUCUGCUUCAAAUGCUACUCAUCAGGCUGAGUGGACUUUGGAGAGCUUCUUGCAGCACCGCCCUGCAAAGUUUGAUGGGAAAUGCCUUCCUGACGGAGCUGAUCAGUGGAUACGGGACAUGGAGCAGAUCUAUGAUGCCAAGGAUUGUCCAAACGAUCGAAGACUGGCAUUCACUGAAUAUUUAUUGACUGGAGAGGCCAGUCAUUGGUGGACGACUGCGAAGAUGAUACUAGCAGAAUCUCACAGCCCUAUUUCCUGGAAAGUCUUCAAGGAAAAGUUUUAUGAGGAGUAUUUCCCGGAUAGUGUUCGAUUCAGCAAAGAGGUGGAAUUUCUCCAGUUGGUACAAGGUAAUAUGUCUGUUUCGGAGUACACCAACAGGUUCAAACACCUGGUUCGCUUUAAUACCCUUGCCACCAGUGAAGUGUGGCAGUGCAGGAAAUUUGAAAAUGGACUGAGAAGUGACCUUAAGGUGUUGAUAUCCAGCCUCUGCAUUAAGUCCUUUCCUGUGAUGAUUGAGAGAGCAAAAGUGUUAGAGAAAAAUGUGGCUGAAGCAGAACGACUGAAGAAGCAGCAACAAGCAACUAGGGGGCCGAUCAUGUCCAGGCCAAAUCUGAAUAGGAACAGGUUGCCGUAUGCUCGCCCAGCACAACCAUCAAAUUCUCAGGCUAUGGUUGUUGCCGGACAGUCUGGAAAGCAUGGAUCAGUCAGAUGUUUUAGGUGUGGAGGAGAUCAAAUCUUUUGGAGAAAGAUCCCAGGAAGUCUUCAAGAGAUGUUGUCGAGGAGAGUCCUUUGGAGCAAGAGCUGGAGAAUACUGAGGUUGCGGAAUAGUCUUCUUAGGAAAUUCCUAUCUGAACACGUGUAGUGUUCGAAUCUAUAAACUGUUUAAGUUUGAAUUUCCGUUUCUUUUAUUUUGGAUAACUGUAAUUUCGCACUUAAAUUACACGUCGUAUUCUGACUGUUCUCUAUAUUUGAAUGAUGACGUCUUUAUUAU